AAACGUCAAUGAACCGCAUGCAUGUGUGGUCUUGAUCUUCAGAUUUUGGGAUCGACACUAGUGCAACUUGAAAUCUGAUAGUUUAUUGCAAUAUUUUUCGAGUAAAUUUCGAAUCAGUGACAUAAUCUAGGAUUAUGGCAAAUGCAUGGCGGUCGUUACCCUGUAAAAUAUCGGAACUUCGGCUGGACAUCACCUUAGAUUGUGGCCAGAGUUUUAGAUGGAGAGAGAUUCAACCAGGCGUAUGGAGGAGUGUCUUGGCCAAUAAAGUGUGGACUUUAAGGCAAAAUGCUCAUGAGAUUCUCUAUCAAGUCCACGAGGACGCUCCAUCCUUAGUGGAUGCCUCUGUGAAGCAAGAAGAUUGUCUUGAGGAGACAGAGCCUAAAAAUAGUAAAAAGGACCAACAAGCAGCAAAACCCACUGUGACAGGAAGAAAGUCCAAAUCAAAGCAUGUCGUUAUAAAGCAAGAGGAUGCAGGAAUCAAUGAUGUUAAGAAGGAGAAAGGAGAUGAGACCAACAACAAUGCAGUGUAUUCUUCCAUCUUAAAAGACUACUUCCAGCUCAAUGUCCGUCUUGAGAAGCUUUAUAAGACUUUUAAGGCUGCCGAUGCCAACUUCACAAAAGUUUGCCCUGGCUUUCCUGGAGUGAGGGUUCUUCGUCAAGACCCGACGGAAAACCUCUUCUCCUUUAUUUGCUCCUCCAACAAUAACAUCUCCCGCAUCACUGGGAUGGUAGAGACACUCUGCUCAACGUAUGGAGAGAAGCUUGCUGUCUUAGAUGGCACGCCUUGGUAUGCGUUCCCAUCUGCGACUGCCCUGGCUCAUGAAGGGAUCGAGCAAGAGCUGCGAGACAGGGGGUUCGGUUACCGGGCAAAGUUCAUCAAUCAGUCGGCUAAAUUCAUCAAGGAGCAGCCGGAGGGGUGGUUGGAGGGUCUAAGAGGGUUGGCAUAUGAGGAGUGUCAUGCUGAACUGAUGAAACUGCCUGGUGUGGGAGCAAAGGUAGCCGACUGUGUCUGUCUCAUGUCGAUGGACAAGACGGACGCCAUUCCAGUAGACACUCACGUCUGGCAGAUAGCGUCGCGUGACUACAUGCCCUCUCUCAACAAGACCAAGUCGCUAACAGACAAAGUCUACAAGGAGAUUGGAGCCUUCUUCCGUGGCCUGUUUGGGGAAUAUGCUGGGUGGGCACACUCAGUUUUGUUCAGUGCUGAUCUGAAGAAGUUCCAAUCAAAAUCUGAAGGAAAAAAAUCCCCGGAGAAGCGGAACAGCAGAAAGCAAGACUAUGGAGAUGCUAAAAAGGUCAAGAAAGAAGCAAACGGACGGAAAAAGAUCAAGAAAAGAUGAAUUAGCACUAACGUUUUGCACAUUAUCCUUAAUAAAAGGGCUUAAAUUGGAAUUUGUUAGUUUUUGAAACUUAAAUUGGGGAUUUUGAAGUUUUGUUCAAAACUUUCAAAUUAUAAAAUGUUCAAUUAAAAAAGACACGUGACCAAAGGGGAGGGAAUUCAAUUCAAUGAUGUAAUUCAUAAAAAAUAAUGGUCCAUAUCACUUCAAAUUCAGGUGAAAGUGCCUUUUCAAUAAUUUUUAUAUUCACUUUCAAUCAACAAUGUAAUACUGGUCGUAUGUGUAAAUUCAUUUUUUUUUUAUAAAAAGGCCAUUUUACACAUUUUAGUAACAAUUUUACAAAGUUUGAAAACAAGUGGAUCAAUUUGGUCAAUGCCGCGUUAAGACGAUGGAAACCCUUUUUUCUGGAUGUUUAAAAAAGGCAUACAUUUCUGACAAAUGUAGAUAAUCUUUAAAUGAAUAGUUUGGAUAAAAUGUACCAAUGGAAUAAAACUGAACAGAAAUGAUUCUCUUUCAAUAUUUAAAAUAUUUAUUGAACCAUUUAGGAAAUAGUAUUUCCUGAAGGAACUUUGCUUUUGAAAUCACUGUGCAUAUUUUAAUGUAUUUAUUAUAUGUGUACAACUGAAUAUUGUUUGUGGCACCUAUCUAACGUCACUUCAAUUAAUCAAGGCGUCAAAAAUGAGCCGAGUUAAUAAUAGCCAGAUUUCAAUUCAAUAAAAUGAUUAAAAAUCAACACAUUAAUCAAGAAAUU